UGUACAUUAUUUGUUGCUCUUUCUAGAAAUUACCUUCAUCCGGUACACAUGGCGGAUGAACAUCCUUCAAAGCGCUUGAGAACCGACGAUUCAAGCUCACAACAUGAAAGGCCGAUAUUCAGGUUACCAAAUAGACCAUCGGGAUCUUCGAUAAAUGCUAGAAAUAGAGGAAAUGAAACGCCCUCUAAUCCUGGAGGACUCAGCUCUGCCGCUCUUGAAAAGUUGGAAUCUCAUCGUCGUCAAAGAGCUGCAAAGGCUGCAUCCACUUCCGCAGAAUCCAAAGAUGCGGAGAAAGCAUCGGGAAGCCAUCCCAUGGAAGAUUAUCGUAAGCGCUUAAAUCGCUUGCCCGAUGCAGGACGGCGACCCGAUAAUCGUUCCCGCAGGGACACAUCUGAAGUCAACACUCAUUCUGAUCGUCGAAGAUGGGAUGCAACUCCGCGUAGUGAGGUACGUCUUCCCAACCGAUCAUGGGAUAGCACUCCUCGUUCGCAACGAGAUGGGGCAGAAAGAACACCGAUGACAGCUAGAAGCAACUGGGACUCAACCCCACGAUCAAGAUCGAGUCGUAUGGACGGGACCGCUUCCACAACAAUUAUGGGAAGGAAUUGGGAGAUUGAUGAGGAAGAGGAAAAAGCCUUGGACAGGGAUUGGUAUGGAAUGGAAGAAGGUGGAGGAAUGGCGGGUGAUGAUGAGAAUAAUCCAUUUGGAGGAUUUGAUGAAGUUAGCGCAGCAGCGGCAGUGACCAAAAAGAUGAAUGCAAGACAAAUCGCACGCAAGCAAGAGCAAGAUGCAUGGGAAGAUGAUCGCUUGCGAGCAGGAGGCGUUGGUUCGCGGAAAUUGAUUGAUUUGAAUGCAAGUAUGGACGAUGAAAGUGAAAAUCAAGUUCAUCUCCUUGUUCAUGAUUUGCGUCCGCCUUUCUUGGAUGGUAAGACUGUAUACACCAAACAGCUAGAGCCAAUCAAUCCAGUCAAAGAUCCGACUUCCGAUCUUGCCGUAUUUGCAAGAAAAGGCAGUCGUCUUGUACGUGACCUUCGAGAGAAGAAAGAACGUCAAAAAGCUGCCGCCAAAGCUACGUCACUGGGAGGAACACGGCUGGGAGAUAUAAUGGGGGUCAAGGAUGAGGAUGCGGAGGCCAGCUCCAACGAUCAGAAAAAAGAGUCCAACGGAUACAAUCACAAGAGCGAGUCGCAGUUUGCAAGUCAUCUAAAGAAAGCAGAACGCGGCGGUUCUAAUUUUACGCAAGCCAAAACAUUGCGAGAACAAAGGCAGUUUCUGCCUGCUUUUGCUUGUCGUGAUGAGCUGAUGCAUGUCAUUCGCGAAAAUCAAGUAGUGAUUGUGAUUGGUGAAACUGGAUCGGGAAAGACGACACAGGUCGCGCAAUUCUUGUAUGAGGAAGGAUAUGCAAAACAUGGGAUGAUUGGAUGUACACAACCGAGACGAGUUGCUGCAAUGAGUGUCGCCAAACGUGUCAGCGAGGAAAUGGAGGUCGAAUUGGGCAGUACAGUCGGAUAUGCGAUUCGAUUUGAAGAUUGCACCAGCGAGCAAACACGGAUCAAGUACAUGACAGAUGGUGUUUUGUUACGUGAGUCAUUAAAUGAAGGUGAUUUGGACCGUUACAAUGCAAUCAUCCUUGAUGAAGCACACGAAAGAAGUCUAAGUACAGAUGUUCUGAUGGGUUUACUCAAAAAGAUAUUGACACGAAGACGCGAUCUCAAAUUGAUCGUCACAUCUGCCACAAUGAAUGCGGAAAAGUUUGCAAGAUUUUUCGGAGAUGCACCCAUGUACACAAUUCCCGGAAGAACGUUUCCCGUUGAUGUCUUGUUUAGCAAGACGCCAUGCGAAGAUUAUGUGGAAAGUGCUGUGAAGCAAGUUUUGUCAAUUCAUCUUUCACAAAAUCCCGGUGAUAUCCUUGUUUUCAUGACAGGUCAAGAGGAUAUCGAGGCAACAUGCGAAGUAGUACAGGAGCGUCUUGGACAGCUUGAUAAUGCGCCUCCUUUACUCGUACUUCCUAUCUACUCGCAAAUGCCAGCAGACUUGCAGGCCAACAUUUUCAAUCCAAGUGAGAACGGCGAGAGAAAGGUGGUAGUUGCGACAAACAUCGCUGAAACAUCACUCACCGUGGACGGAAUUAUGUAUGUUGUGGAUGCAGGGUACAGCAAAUUAAAGGUCUAUAACCCUCGUGUGGGUAUGGAUUCGCUGCAAAUUACACCAAUCGCUCAAGCCAAUGCAAAUCAACGCUCUGGACGUGCGGGAAGGACGGGUAGUGGGACUGCGUAUCGGCUGUAUACCGAAUUGGCUUUUCGAGAUGAGAUGUUUUUGAACGGAAUACCCGAGAUUCAACGGACAAAUCUAGCUAACACGGUGCUGUUGCUCAAAUCACUCGGGGUCAAGAAUCUGCUCGAAUUUGACUUUAUGGAUCCGCCGCCACAAGAUACGAUUAUGACGUCAAUGUAUCAACUGUGGAUUUUGGGCGCUUUAGACAGCAUGGGCAACUUGACAAAGGUGGGCAAGCGCAUGUCCGAAUUUCCAAUGGAGCCAAGUUUGAGUAAGAUUUUGAUCGCAAGUGCAACACAAUAUGGAUGCAGUGUGGAGAUGUUGACGAUUGUAGCGAUGCUUUCUGUCCCUUCGGUGUUUUACCGGCCGAAAGAGCGCAUAGAAGAAGCUGAUGCUGCUCGGGAGAAAUUUUAUGUGGCCGAAAGUGAUCAUUUGACUUUACUGCAUUGUUAUACGCAAUGGAAGUUGAAUGGGUUUCGCGAUGGAUGGUGUGUGCAACAUUUCUUACAUGCAAAAAUUCUAAGGAAAGCGAGGGAAGUACGUACACAACUGGAAGAAAUCUGUCAGCAGUUGAAGCUGCCACUGUUGAGCUGUGGAACGGAUUGGGAUACGAUUCGAAAGUGUAUCGUGACUGGAUUCUUCCAUCAAGCUGCAAAAGCAAAAGGGAUCGGAGAGUAUGUCAAUGCCAGGACAGGUGUUCCUUUAUAUUUGCAUCCUACCUCUAGUGUAUCUGGAGCAGGUGUUCAGCCUUCUUUUCUUGUGUUUCACGAGGUAAUUCAAACAAGCAAGACAUACAUGCAUACUGUGACUGCUGUCGAUCCUCACUGGCUAGCAGAACUUGGAGGCGUGUUUUACUCUAUUCGUGAGAGGGAUGUUUCUGGUGCACGGUCUAGAUUGCAACGGGAUGCCGAAUUCUCACAACGAUCUGCUAUCGAACAGAGCUUUUUGCGGGAUAAAGCAGAAGCGGAACAGAAAGAUCGCGUACAACGUGAAAGGCAAGACAGUUCAACGCCGCGAAUGGCCAUGCCUGGAAGUGCAACGCCAAGAAAGGGAGGGAGGAGGGUUGGACUUUGAGUGACUUUCUUUGUAACAUAGGCUGGUGUACUUGUAUUAUUGUGACUACAACGGCCACGGGCGGCUGUUCUUACGAAUGGUAUCAUUGUGUCCUUUCAUGAUCCGAAUAUGUUCCUCUUCUCGUGCGACAUGCGCGUUUAUGUGUUUCUGACCUUGCACUUCAUUUUUAUGAU